AUAAAUAAGUUCGACGUGACGAGAUCAACAACAAACAGCAAGCGGUGCUUGUUGGACGAACAACAACUCCUUCACACGGUGGCCGGCGAUUAGCUAAUCAACAUGGCUACCUUCACCAAACUGGCUUUGUUAGCCAUCCUAGUAGGCAGCAGCCAAGCGGGGCUCCUGCACACGCACGAGCACCACGACCACCUGCAUGGAGACCACAUUCACCACCACGACACCGUAUCGUCGUCGUCUCUGGGCGCCUCGUCCCUGGGCGGCGCUGGGCUGGCCGGGCCCGCCUACGCGCCCGCCUACAGCUCCAGCUUCUCUCCUAGCAGCUUCCCCGCCGGCUCUCUGCCUUCAGCGAGCUACUCCGGCGCUGGUCUCGCCGGCCCCAGCUUCUCUGGAGCCAGCUACUCCUCCGGCUCGGCCCUCCCCGGAUUCCCCGCCAGCGGCGCGUCUCUCGGCUCCUCAUACGCUCCCGGCAUCGGCGCUUCAUACGCAUCCGGCGCCGGUCUCGCUGGUCCCGCUAGCUUCGGAGGCGGUCUGUCCGGUCCCCUCGGCCCCAGCGGCUUAGUCGGUCCUCUGCCUGGUGCCGCGCUGUCUGGUGAGCCAGCACCCCCCGGCCCCGCCGCCCCCGUCGUCAACACCAUCCACUCGCUAGCCAACACCAACGGAGCGCCCAUCCGCUACAACGUGCGCGAGGAGCCCUACAACGUGUACAGGGAAGUGACGCACCAGGUGCCGCAGCCCUACCCCGUGCCGGUGCCGCAGCCCGUGCAGGUGCCCGUGCCGCAGCCCUACCCCGUGCAGGUGCCGGUGGUGCGCAACAUCCCCGUGCCCGUGGUGCAGAUCCAGCGCGUCAACGUGGACAAGCCGGUGCCGUACCCCGUGGAGAAGAUCGUGAAGGUGCCAGUGGAGCGCGUGGUGUCGGUGCCCGUGGACCGCCCCGUGCCCGUGGAGCGCGUCGUCAAGGUGCCCGUGGUGCACGUAGUCAAGGUGCCCGUGCACGUGGUCAAGAACUACCCGGUGCCGGUGGUGAAGACUGUGCACCACAAGGCGGUGAGCCACGGCUGGCACGCCCACCACGACCACCACCACGGCCACCACGGCUGGUAGACUGGUCGCACUCGCAGUAAGCACUCCGUCAACGAGCUCAUCACGAGGCUGCAUCUAGGGUGAUAACUAAGUCAUUAAGUUAGGUGAAUAUGUUGUGUACUCAACGUCGUCGUUAGAUCUUGUAAAUAGUAAUAUUAAUAUUACUUUUAAAUAAAUCGAAUUAUCCAAAGAU